GUCUCUUUACCCCACUCCUCUUUUUUAUAUCAUGUUGAGAGACAAACAUUAAAAUCAACGUUCUAAAUAAUUUACAGCCAAAAGUACAAAGUCCAUAUUAUCAAAAUUUUGCAUAAGAAAAACAUUUUUUAGUGAAUAGAUUUAUCAUGAAUACAAAAAGCAGUCUCCUUUACCAGUCAUCCAUAAUCGUAUCACGCAGUCAGUGCAUUGCACCGUGGCGUUUGUGAAGUAGUGCACAGGACACACCCGUUUGGCUUUAACGCAAGAAACACAACCUGUAGCUUCCUUCAAUUGUCUUUAGAUCUACAUGUAGGAGUUCAACGGUCUGGUCAAGGCGACAUUCUCUGUCCUCGCCAUGGCGUCUAAGUUCCUAACAAAGGAGAAAGGAAAUGCGAAGCUUCAUACAAGAAAAGGUCAUGACAUGACAUGGUCAUGUGACAAGCAUGGUGAGCCAAUCACAUUUUAUUGUAAACAACACAAAAUUCCUAUCUGUCAUAAAUGUGGGACCAAAGCUCACCAGAAACCAUGCGAGCUAGACGACAUCGAGGAUGUCAUCUUUGAAAGGCGGGGAAAUCUGGAGGAGAAACAGCCCUUGAUAGAGGAAACGAAAUUACUACUUCAGAAGGUCGAAUCUAAAAUAAAUGCCGUUUCUUCUUCUUCAAGGAAGCAUCUUCAGACAGUCAACGAUAAACUACAAGAGACAUUCAAAGACAAGUUAAAGGAUGUGAAAGAAAGGGAAGUAAACUUGAUUAGGGUGAUUAACGAGGAGGCGGAUGAAGAAAUCCGGAAAAUAAACGAGAAGAGAGAAAAACGCAUCAAGGAUUGCAACAUCGAUAUCGAAAAGGAACAAACUACCAUCAAAGAGAGAGAAACAAAACUUUUAGCAGAUACAAAGACAAUCAGCGACGUAGUUACUAAGAAGAUUAACGAUCUUACUAAUAAGAAUCAGCAUGCGCUUAACAUUAUGAAGAAUAUUGAAUCAACCAUCACACGUAUAAACCAACAUGAUGAAACAUUGGUGAAUGAAGCUCCUCAAGUACUUGCUUCUAUUGAUGAAAACUUAAGUUUGAACGUUCAUCAAGAUGUUAGUGUCUGUCUUGACCGAGUGCAGAAUAAAGUUGAUAAAGUUAAGUUUGUAGAGGGGGAAGUAGGAGGAGAAUACUAUUGUAGAAUCGAUUGGUAUAUCGGUAAAUGGGAACUUGUCAAGUCAAUACACAUUCCAUCGUUUGUUGAUAAACCGUGGGUGUAUGGUUUGAUCAGUGAUGAUGAGAUAUGUGUGGAAGACGGAAAGAAUGACAUGUAUAUUACAUGCAUCAGCACUGAACACACACAGAAAGUCAUUGAUGGAGUCAGUAACAUGCACUUUACGUCAUGUGCCCCCAUAGACAGUAACGUAAUAGUAUGUGGGAAGCGGAAAUGGGAUUCGAAGGGUGACAGGUUGGAUGGAGCAUGGACCUACAUGGAUGAAGACAUCACUCUCUAUGACAGACAAUGGAAGAUGAUUAGAGACAUCAGCAUAUCAAGGAAUGAAGGCGGUAAUAGUGUGUAUGUUGAUGUCGACAGGGAUGGAAUGAUCCUCGCUGCUCAGACCUACCAGUCUAGUAUAUACGUCAUAAACCCUGAUGAUGGUAAGAUUGUUAACACUAUUACGAUGCAGGGUAAGAAGGUGCUUGGUGAGGUACAAGCCUUGUCAUCAGGUGAUAUCGUUGUGCAGACAGGUCUGAACAAAUACACUGUCAUCUCACGAUCAGGAGAAGAAAAGGUUGUCAUACACUGUGAUGAGUGGGUGGAAUCAAAAUGUCGAGUUGACAAACUGACAGACACACUCUACAUCACUUACCGAGUCGCGGGUAAAACCUACGCAGUUGAUCAGGUGUCACGUGAUGGUAUCAUCAUGGCAAGGAGGAUCGUGGAAUACGUGGAAUCAGAUCGCCCUUUCUGCUUUAGCCCUUGUCUUGUUACUCCUUCUGGUAACCUUGUAGUCUGUGAUAGACGCAAGCUUCUUCUUUACAAGAAGAAAUUUAGUUUGUAGAUAAUCAAGACACUCAACAAAUGAUAAUUGAUUUAAAAGGAAAUUGUAGACCUUUCCAUUUGUUACUUUCAUCUGUGUUUGUUUUUUAUUUGCUUUCCCAAAAGGGAGGAUGGAUAUAAACCUAUUUAUGUCCGAUUUUGCCAUCAUUCCUCCGUCGAGAUUUAAGUUUUAAUGAAUGCCCUUUUAUUCAAUAAAAGCCCCUAUAUUAGAUAUGGGUCUAAUUUUCCUGUAAACUGAAUGCUAGCCCGCCUUCCCCCCUCCCGAAACAUAACGCUUAGCCUUUCAUCAUGGUGAUGAUUUUUACAGUUGAUCAUACACAAUAAGUAAUGCAAUCAAUAGUAGAAGUCAGCCCUUAGAUCAAUUAUUGAUAAGCUUCGUGUCAAGCUGCCCUGUUGCCUACUGGGAUCAGGUGAUCUCUGACUUCCUGUUCAAAACCCAUAGUAUGUGAUAUAUAAAAUCAUUUAAGUAGUAAAUAGUUCAUUAUCUUUUAAUUUAUUGUGUGAAACUGAUCCUGAUCGUAGGCAACCAAUUGCCUGCUGGUUAAAUCUUUUUUUGGCGUCAUUCUCUUACCAUGUCAUUAUUACCUCGAUCUUUUUAGAAAAGAUAGCACAACAACUGCAGGAGGAAAAAUGGAAGACAACAUUUAAAUUUACUUCGAAAAAACUUUGAUUAAAAAUAGCACAGUUUGGUCUUGUGUUUCGUAUUGGUCGGAUCAUGUGGGUUCGUUGCCUCAUUGACCCCUAGCAGGGAAAAUAUUCUGUCAAAUUGUAAUUCCAAGCAAUAUCGCUAUUACCCAGUAUAUUCUAAGUCAAAAUGUGUUGAUAUCAGUACAAUUUAGACCAAUUAAGAGUUAAAUACUGAACACUUUUGGACCUAACAUCAGUCUUCUACACAGUUGAUCAAGAUGUUCUCCUUUCUAGGCAAAAAACACUAGGUCCUUUUCAAACUCUGCGCCAACGUCUGUAGAAUAUUCGUCCAGCUUCCCUUCCUUCUACCUCCAAUAUCACAUUGUUCGGAUCCUAAUUAAAGACUUAUCUCAUGAAAAAAAAAAUAUUCAACAUAGUUCCAUUUACAAUGACCUUAAAAUAUAUGUAUAUUUUUGGUUAUAUGAUAUUUCUAAUUCACCUUUGUUUGUAUAUUUCAAUUUCUCAACAUUGUAAAGCGCGAUGUGAGACUAAGUUAUUUUUUAAAAUUAUUACUUACCGCACACAGUAUGUAUGGUAAAAAAAAUGGUAUGUGUGACAACGGAGAUGGACGGAAGUCAAUUUGAUAUCCACUCUAUACAAAAUAUCAAAAGUUGAACGAAUGAGGGAUUUUAAACAUCAAGAAAAACUGAUGAUACCAACGAGAGAGGAUAGAAAAGAAAGCAUAGAGGAACAGUAAUAGGCAAAUAAAGAAGAAGAGAGAGAACGCGAUGUGGUCCGUAAUGCAUUUAAUGAAAAUCUUCUUCAUUUCGUAAGACACGUGUAAACCAAACGAAGGCUAAUAUCAUAGUGUUCAGAAUUGCAAUCCUUCUUCAUACGAGAAUGCUAAAAAAGAUGAAAUCUUGUAACCUGUUUCCUACUUUCUUCUCUUGCAUUCAUAUCUUCAGGUUGGCAUUAACUGAAUCAAAGUUUUAUCAUGAUUGGUGAAUUAGAACAUGACAAGGCGUAAUCCAGAAACAAAAGCAAUACACAACUGUUAUUGUGAAAUGUAUUCUUUUGAUUUAAAAAAAGACUUUAUGGCAGUAUGUACACUCGACAAGAUCGACCAGUUCGUAGUUACUUCAUGGAUAAUUUUGGUCAAAUUACCUUUCAUUUUUUCAUUAUGAUGGGCAGAUUUCAAAGCAGAUUUCAAGAUAUUACGUAAGCAUGCCUUAUAUACAUGUAGCAGGAUGAAGAAAUAGAAUAGACCAGGUGACUAGAAUAGCAUAUCAACGAAACUCUAUUAAGGUGUUUGUUGCAUUUCUACUUCGAGUGCAUUUUAGAGCAUGUGGUACAAUAAUUUGGCAAACUGAAAUAUACCAGCCAUUCGUGGACGCAUUGUUUUUUAUGUAAAUGAAAAAUACAAAGAAUAUAUAAAUAAUCAAGACAUCAAAGUUGGUGCUUAUCUCAUUUAAAUUUGAAACCAGCAUGUCACUUUCGUACCAAUGACCUUCCUCUGAUCAUGCGCAGAAUCUUCCGAUCAUGCGCAGAGUGGAACCACGAUCUGGCUUAUUGAAGACAAUCUUCUGAUUACCAAUGCUUCACACUGUAGUGCUAUGAUUAAAUACCUUCCUCUCUCUCUUCAAAUUAAAUAGGAUUCAUGAAUCACUUGCUAUACAUUGUACAUAUUGUAUUAUAGUAUGCAUGACACAUUUCGUUAGCAAACACGUAACCAUGUUAUCAUUUCUCUGUAAAUGUUUAAUUAAGUUGUGUAUAAUACUGCAAUGCAAAAAUAUUUUAUUAUGGUUAUAAUGAAUAUAUUAUGUGAUAAUCAUAAUUAUGUUAUCAAAGACUCAUAUCGCGCUUAUUGUAACAGUCAUCAGCAAUGUAUAACUUCGUUUUUGUUGGGGGGAGGGUUGUAAAAAGUGCUUCGAGUUAUUCAUUGCCUAUUAUUUUAAGCAUACAUUUUUAAAAAAUAAUUCACUGAACCCCCAGCUUUGUAUGCUUGUUUUUUUUUUCAUUUUUUUUUACUCGAUCUUCUUCUCAUUUGUAAGCUCACAGAUUUUUAAAAAAUUCUCCAUGAAUAUAAAUAUGUAUCUAUGCAUGUAACCAGAUAAAAUCAUCGUUAUAAUGUUCAUGUUGUAGGUAAUAGCAUGAUUGUAUUUUACAUUUUGGUUUUAGGGAUUUAUAUCACAAGAUGAGUCGAAAAUGUAAUGUGAUUUUCCAAACUUUGUAUCGGUAGGUCUUUAAAAAAAAUUGUUUCUCUAUACUUUGUGCAAAAUAUGUAACUACGUACUCCAGUUUGAUUAGCAAAACAAAAACAAAAACGAAACAGCACAAAUAUUGGCCGAUCUGUAGAUUUUAAACAAGAAGGAAAUACUUAAAACUUGUAUACUUGAGAGCAGAAAACAGUCAUUUGAAUGUCCGAAGGUGGAAAAAAUAUAUUUUGAUCAUCUGACACGAAAGUAGUGAUAAACGCGAAAUAUUUCUCAGUCAUUCACUAGUUUUAUGCAUAUUGUUAUUAUCCAAAUAACAGCUGACUAAAUCAACCAAUGUGACUAAUUUUUUUUCAAUAUAAUUAUUUGAGGGAAAGUGUAACAAGAUGUAAUCUGUAACAAGUUGAAUGUGUUAGUCUUACGGUGAUGGGGAUUGUGAGAUUUUAAAAUAUGUAUACGGAAUAAUUGAUCGGAUGUGUAAUUGAGUAUUUUUCAGCAUAAAGCAUAUUAAAUUAAAUGAGCAACUUAUAUAUCAA